CGACGCCCGUCAAUUUCGAAAAGUUGUUUUUAUCACUUUAUUUAUUACUUUAUUAUCAAUCGUGUCCUCUAUAUACGUGAUAAAUGUUCAAUAAUAACUGUGCUGUUUAUUUUUCACAGUUCGCAAAAGUUACAGUAGAUAGUGAUACUUGAUAAAAUUUAAGGGAAAGUUUUACAAGAUUAUUUAUUAUGAAUUUUCGAUUAAAAUUCUGUUUUGUCUUUUUCUUUGGCUUGUUUAUCGUAUGUGAGGGGAAGUAUGGGUACGUGGUAGGUUGUAAUAAUCAGUUUUGUGUGAAUACAACUGAUUAUUUUUCCGAUAUCCCCGAUGUGCACAUCGCCAGAGCUACGUACAGUAAUGACAUCAAUGAAACCGGCUGGGCAUUUCUUGAGAUCCAUUCAAUGGCAAACAUCCCUGAUGAAAAGCAGGCAUUUGGAGCAGGAUUUCUCGAAGGCUAUCUUACCAGGGAUCUUAUCUGGUGGCAUUGGCAGAACAUGCUUAAAGGGUACUGCUUCAACAAGACUGAUGUAUGUGGCUUGAUUGAAGAAUACAUAGACAGAAAUGAAAAAUACAUCAGUGACAUGGUUAGGCAAUACAGCAAUGACCCUUAUUGGUACCAGGUUAAACUGUACUACAUCCAGAUCGAAGGAUUAGCAGCUGGGUAUAAGGCUGCUACUGAGGAUGCGUACCAAUGGCUUACAGUCAGGGACAUUGUAACCAUAAACUUAGAUUUUGAUGGAUUCAGAAUCAAAGCAUUACGACUUGACCAUCGGGCAAUAUUAUCAAGAUCAGUGUUGAUCCUAGAAAGGGACAGCUCCAAGUCAUCGUGCGGUCAGUCCACAGAUGACUUCUACAUAAUCUCAUCGGGGCUGGUGUCGGCCGAGACCACCAUCGGCAACUCCAACCGCACGCUCUUCGAAAAAGUCAAUCCCAUCGGAACGAUAAUGGAGUUCGUGCGCGCCAUGAUCGCCAAUCGACUCGCGCGCAGCGGCAAAGAGUGGGUGCACAUAUUUAGGAAACACAACAGCGGUACUUACAACAACCAGUGGUAUAUUGUGGACUACAAAAAGUUCCGCCCGCGCACGCAGGAGCAGCCAGAGCCGGUGAUCGAAAAUGGACUGCUCUAUAUAAUUGAGCAGCUGCCGGGGUAUACAGAAGCUGCGGACUUAACCUUAGAACUAAAGCAACAGACGUACUUCCCGUCGUACAAUAUCCCUUACUUCCCUGGUGUAUUCAACCUGAGCGGCGGCUGGGUGCGAGUGCAGACCUACGGCGACUGGUUCGGCUACCACACCAACCCUCGCGCCAAGAUCAUCAAGGAGAAACAGGGUAAAAUCCGCAACCUGCGCGACAUGUACUACACGAUGCGGUACAACGACUUUAAACACGACCCUCUGUCGCGCUGCUCACAGUGCAACCCGCCGUACAGCGGUUGCAACGCCAUCGCUGCGAGGAACGACCUCAAUCCCGCGAAUGGCACGUACCCGUUUCGUGCGCUGGGCCACCGCUCGCACGGCGCCACAGAUGUGAAAAUCACCAGCGCCACGCUGUACCGCACCUACAGCUUCCUGUCCGUCUCCAGCCCAACGCACAACAUCAGUCGAGGGAUACCGCCCUUUGCAUGGAGCGAGUUUGACUUGGGCAACAGCAUAUCGCACGUGGGGCACCCCGACGUGUGGUUAUUCUCCCCACUGCUCCACCAGUGGGAGUGGGAAUAAGCGUCUCCUUCGUAAAUCAUAAGAGCUACUCAACGUUUGAUGCGUAAUACGUUUAGGUUCAACACAGACCGCAGAUAUUAUUAACGUGCUUCAAAUAUCAGCAGUCCUACACUGUAACACUGGAAAAAUGGACCGCGAUAAAAAAGUAUCACAACAAAUGUACCAAAAAGAAAAUUAAAUGUGGUCUGAUUUGGGCCUAACGCUUAUAUAAUCGAACAAUCAUAUUAUUAAGAAGUCUUUCUAGUGAUAGUUGUCAGUGUGAAACACUGCCGGUGUUCUGUUUGCAUUUAGUUGUACAAUUUAUAUUUGAAAUUAUGUCGCAUUCGAAUCAACUUCCAACGGUAUAGUACAUUACGCAAUUUAGCUGGUAAUUGGUUGGUUAACCCGAUUAAAUUUACCGAGAUAUUUGUUGGGGCACAUUAUUAUCAAUUGCCACCACUUUUGGAUCCAGUAGCAGUGAACUAUUACAUUUUACAAUUGAGCUAAUUAAUUGAACGAAGUUUUGUGCUAAUUAUCUUUGAAAUGUUUAAUCAAUAACUAAAGUGUAUGUGUGGUUGGUGAAACAUGGGGAAAAGAACCUUUGCUUUUGCUGAAUAUUCACUAAAUGUUACGCCGU